CGUUGCUCAUUUACAUAAACAGACGAUAGUAAGUCGGUGCAAAUAAUUUUUAUCUUUAUUUGAUCUGCUUCUCGAGAAUUAAUGAAAGCUAUUUUAAAUAAUUUUGCAGACAAACGUGCAUUACUUCAAGGAAAAUAACCAUGUUUCUUGUCGGUUUGACGGGUGGAAUCGCCACAGGUAAAAGUACGGUCUCCAAGAUGUUUGCCGACCUUGGUAUUCCUGUUAUUGAUGCUGACAAGUUAUCUAGACAAGUGGUCAGACCAGGAACACUUGGUGCCAAAAAAAUAUGCAAACAGUUUGGCUUGGAAGUUUUCCAUCCAAAUGGGCAGCUCAACAGAGAUUUACUUGGACAAAUUGUAUUUUCAGGGAGCAUUCACAUUGAGAAGAGCCGAGGUCUAGUAAGGCCACGACCUAAAUAUGGCAGACCUACAUGAAAGGAAGACUGCUAA